AGUGCUGUUCGUGAAAACAGACCAUAGAUGGCUGUAGAGGCUGGUACACACCCGUGCGACUCCGUUCAAGUGUUGCAGGAAGUUGCGCACGACAACUAGCCAGUAGAUAUAAUGGCGCCUCUAGAUUUGGAUAAAUAUGCAGAGAUUGCAAAGCAGUGUAAAUACCUCCCAGAAAAUGACCUCAAGAGGUUAUGUGACUACGUGUGUGACCUGCUGCUGGAGGAGUCCAACGUUCAGCCCGUUUCCACUCCUGUAACAGUAUGCGGUGACAUACAUGGACAGUUUUAUGAUCUUUGUGAACUCUUCCGAACUGGUGGCCAGGUUCCAGACACAAACUACAUAUUUAUGGGAGAUUUUGUCGACAGAGGGUAUUACAGUUUGGAGACGUUCACCUACCUGCUGGUACUGAAAGCCAAAUGGCCCGACCGCAUCACGCUUCUGCGUGGAAACCACGAGAGCAGACAAAUCACCCAAGUUUAUGGUUUUUAUGAUGAGUGCCAGACCAAGUAUGGAAAUGCAAAUGCCUGGCGUUACUGCACCAAGGUGUUUGAUAUGUUAACAGUUGCAGCUCUGAUGGACGAGCAGAUCCUUUGUGUCCAUGGGGGCCUCUCCCCAGACAUAAAAACUCUAGAUCAAAUUCGAACCAUUGAGCGGAACCAGGAGAUCCCCCACAAGGGAGCAUUUUGUGACCUGGUGUGGUCAGAUCCUGAAGACGUGGACACCUGGGCUAUCAGCCCCAGAGGAGCAGGAUGGCUCUUUGGUGCAAAGGUCACAAAUGAGUUUGUUCACAUCAACAACCUGAAGCUGAUCUGCAGGGCACAUCAACUUGUCCAUGAAGGCUACAAGUUCAUGUUUGACGAGAAGCUGGUCACCGUGUGGUCAGCUCCUAACUACUGCUAUCGCUGCGGCAACAUUGCUUCUAUUAUGGUCUUCAAAGAUGCUAACACAAGAGAGCCAAAACUCUUCAGAGCAGUGCCUGACUCUGAAAGGGUCAUUCCACCUCGAACAACAACACCAUAUUUUCUGUGAUAAAAACUGAAAAACUAUAUAUAAAAUUAAAACAAUGCAGCCAUUUGUCCAGUGCACAGAUACUGACUGUUACAGUGGCAUCAGCAGUGAACCCAUUUAGAUUUUGUAUAGUACAUUUAGAGAAUUUACAGUGCAUUUCUUGGUGCCAACUGUCGAUUGUAAUUCCUACUCUGGCUAUUAUUCUUCCACUUAUAUCACAGAUUGCUUGGAGCGAAGUAAGCUGUCUCAACAGUAUCACUGUGCUGUUGAAAUGUUUUAGAGGAAGGAUUGAAAAUGUUCAUAUUGAUAAAUCUCUACUUAACAAUAAAAAUUCACCCUGCUUAGCAAAUUGCAGGUACAGUGUAAUAUACAAUAUGUCAUUUUGUUCUGUUAUAGUAAUGUAUUACAGCUGGAUGUAAGAUAAAGCACUGCACAAAUGUAAUGCAUCUUUUCUGACAAAUGUCACUGCAAUUAUAGACUCAUUGUUAUAAUGUUAACUUGUAUGAUAUAAACCUGAGAUUUAAUGUGUAAAAACCUAUGCUGUUUGUCAAAAAAAAAAAAAGAAAAAAUCAGUAUUGUUAAGCCUGUGGUAUCCUGAGAUAUUAUCUGUGAUUUGGCUUCAGCUCUUGUAAUUAUUAUUUUUCUCUUGGGCACCAUACUGUUUUUAAAUAAAGAAAUCCAAAAAAUCUGAA